AUGGAUCCUAAUAGUCUUUUACCUAAAGAAGCAAAUAUAGAGGUAAUUGAUAGUGAAAUCGAAGGGACAACAAAAAUAACAAAUAUAGAACCAAUAAGAUUAUAAAAGAGAAGAAUAGUACUAGGAGUGUUGCUUUCUGUGAUCACAAGCUUUUUAUUUACUUUAGCUUGUAGUUGGUCAAAGAAGUUAGUUAGAAAGUUCUUUUUUAAAGAAUCAUAAUUAGAUAGGGCAACCCAUAUGUGGAUUACAAAUAAUGAUAAUUCAAAUAAUAUUGCAAAGUUAAUAUAGUAACAAAGCUAAGUUUAUUUCAUAAAUCGCAAACUAAAGUACAUAUAUGAUAGUGCAAUGAAUAAAUUUAAAGCUCUUGAAUAUGAUUUGAGAACAAAGAGAGAAUUACUAUAAGCAAAUGGCGUAUAAAGUAAUAUUUAAUUAAUAAAGGUAGAUCCAAGAUAAUAGUAAGAGAAGUUCGGGAAAUGUUUAAUUGACAUUCCCAAGCCUAAUUUGUUUGUAUAUUUGGUGAAAGAAUUAACAGCCCCAUUUUACAUAUUAUAAUAUUUAUCAUGUUUUUUAUGGGUAUUGGAAGGUAAUGAUUGAAUAAAUAAUAUAGACUUGGCAAUAUUAUCAAUAAUAAUGAUAUCUGUAUCAUUAAUAUUUACGACAAUAAACUUUCUGCUUCUUCAAAAUUCUGCUUAGAAAUUGAGAGAUAUGGCAAAGAGUUUAGCCUAGGUUUAAGUUUAUAGAGGAGAUUAACCAUUUUAUAAGCAAGGGAUAUAAUUCAAGAAGAUGGAUAGUUAGGAUUUGGUUCCUGGAGAUGUGAUUGCUAUAGAGAAUAAGAUGACGUUACCAUGUGAUUGUGUAUUAAUUUCAGGGGAUUUGUUAAUGAAUGAAGCUUCAUUGACAGGUGAAUCUAUACCAAUUCCAAAGAUUCCAAUAGAAAAUUUAGAUUAACCAGUUUCAUUUAUGGUUGAUAAGAGACAUUGUUUAUAUGAAGGUACUAAAGUAUUGUUGGCAAGACCUACUUAUUAAUAUGUUAUAGCUAUAGUAGGUAGAACAGGAUUUAGUUCAUUUAAAGGGUAAAUAUUUAGAAGUGUUUUAUAUCCAAAAGUUUAACCUUUUCCAUUUUACAGUUAAGGGAUUAAAUAUUUAAUAUGUUUAGCUAUUUGUGUACUAAUAGUUUACUUCGCAUUAUUACCUAGAAUUAUCUCUGUUGGCUUUAGUUUUAUGAUUAUAUUCUUAAGAUUUUGGGAUGCAUUAACUUGGAUAGUACCACCAGCUUUACCUAUUUUUGUUUCAAUGUGUUAGACUUAUUCAUUAAUUAGAUUAAGAUAAAAAGGUGUUUUUGGAAUAGAUCCAAGUAAAUCACUUGUUGCAGGUAAAAUUAAUACAGUUUGUUUUGAUAAAACAGGUACAUUGACUACUAUAGGAAUUGAUAUGUAUGGAUAUCAAAUGAGAAAGAAAAAUAAAUUUGAAAAGUUCAUUAACAAAAAUUAAGUUAAUUAUAAAAAUAAUUUUGAAUUUAAAUUAUUUGCUACUUGUCAUGGAACCUAUGAAAUUGAUGGAGAUUUAAUGGGUGAUAGUCUUGAUGUUGAGUUAUUUAAAUUUACAGAUUUCACAAUUGAUAAAAAUCCACCUCCAAAUGUUAAAUCCAGAGUAAUCAAUAAAAAUAAAGAUAUUGUAUUAGAUGUACUAAAAUUAUAUGAAUUUGAAUCUGCCUUAUAAAGAAUGAGUGUAAUAGUUAAAGAAAAAGAUAAUUAUUUUGUAUUCGUUAAAGGAUCUCCUGAGAAAAUGGCAGAAUUAUCUAAUCAAAAUACUAUUCCUAUAGAUUUUAAGAAAAAUCUUAAUUUAUUAACCAUGAAAGGAUUAAGAAUAUUAGGAUUCGGAUUCAGACAAAUUACUGAAGAAGAAUGUGAGAGAUUAAUGAAUGCCAGUAGAUAAGAAUGUGAAACUGAUAUUUAGUUUCUUGGAUUACUAGCUAUGGAAAAUAAAUUAAAACAUGAUACUCCUUAAGUUAUAGAUUUAUUAAAUAAAGCAAAUGUUGAUUUAAAAGUCAUCUCUGGAGAUAAUCCUUUAACUACUGUAUAAUGUGCACGUGAAUGUGGUAUUAUUCCUAAUAUUAAACCAGUAUUACUAUUAGAUUACAAUGAAAAAGAAGUAUUUAUAUUCAUAAUCUAAUUAGCAAUAAUUGACCUUAGAUGAAAUUAGUGUAUUUGAAGAUAGCUAAAAUCUAAAUCAAACUAAAUAGGACAUUGAAAUUGAAGUUCUUGUAGAUGAAGUUGAAGAUCUAAGUGAAGAAAUAUUAGAUCAUCAAAAAGUAAUGUAAAAAUUAGUUUAACAUUUAUUGACUGCUUAAAACAUUAAAAGAUCUCUUAUUUCUGAUAAUGAUAAUCUGAGUUCAUAACAUUGUUUUGCAAUGAGUGGGAAGGCAUUUGAUUAUUUUUGGAGUUAAUUACCAAAUGAAGAGAUAAGAAAAAUGAAUAAAUAAUCUUUUGCUGGAUUUGAAUAACCAAUAAAUAAUGUAGAAUAAAUAAAAAUAGGUGGAUUAAAUGAUUAAGAAUUACAUAUAAAAUUAUUUGCUUCAAUCUGUUUAAAUGCAAGAGUUUUUGCAAGAAUGCGACCAGAAUAAAAAUCUAUGGUUAUUGAAAAACUUUAAGAACUUAAAAAAAUGGUUUUAAUGAUUGGUGACGGUGCAAAUGAUUGUGCAGCUAUAAAAUAAGCUAAUGUAGGUGUUUCAUUUGCAUAAAGUGAUGCUGCUUAUUCAGCACCUUAUUCAAGUGCAGAUGAUAGUAUAGAUUGUGUUAGAUAAGUACUAUUAGAUGGAAGAUGUGCACUUUAAAAUGCUUUAGAGGUUUUCUAAUAUUAUGUUGGAGCAAGUGUGAUAAAAUACACAGCAGCUAUGAUUACCAUGGCUUUUGGAUAAAAUUUUGGAGAUUUACAAUAUAUUGUUAUUAAUUAUGUAGGUUCUUUACCUUAUCUUAAAUCUAUAUCACUUUCUAAACCUUCAAUAACUUUGACUAAAGAACUUCCAAAUGAAAGUAUGAUGGCUCUCUCUAAUGUAGCAGUCUUAAGUUUUUAAAUUAUAGUUGCCUCAUUAGGUCUAGUCAUUAAUUUUCUCUAUUGGAAUAGUUUAGAUUGGGAAAAUGAACCAGGUGUAGUAGAUGGAAAAUUUUCAAAAGAGGGAACCAUUCAAACUACUCAAUUCAAAAGUAUGCAAAUCUAUUUUAUUAUGGCUGUUUUUGCAAUUUAUACAUCAAGACCAUUCAAACAAAAAAUACUCACUCAUAAAAUUAUGUUAGUUUUUAUAUGCAUAAGUUUAAUAUUUACUUUAUGGAUAUUCUUUACUUAUUAAGAAUGGUAAUUCAAAGUAUUGAAACUCUAUGAUACUAAUAUUUAACAUGGCAGAUCCUAUAAUUUUAUCCAAUUUAUUUUAACUAUUAUUGUUGGAUUAGUUAUGCUUUUAGGUGAUGAAUAUGUUAUCAGAAGAGUGUUUCCAAACAAUAAAAAAUAAAUAAAAAAAACAAAAACUAGACCAAGCAUAUCAAGCUAUAAUUCUUGA